AUGCAAGAGGACUACGAUAGCCAGCCUGGCUCACCUGGGCCCUCUAAGCGAAGGCGGUAUUCCAGAGUCAGUCGCGCAUGCAAUGAAUGUCGUCUGCGCAAAAUCCGGUGUAAUGGCAGACAACCGUGCGAGCCUUGUGAGGACUUCGAACGACAUUGCACAUUUACCUCCACUAAAGGCCAAAAGGUGGCGGGUGCACCCCGGACCAAGAUCUUAGAAGAUCGAUUGCGAAGAGCGAAAUCUCUGAUCGCAAAGCUUCGAGCGCAAAACCCAACCACAAUAUCAGCUGCCGAUAUAAGUAAUGUUUUUGAUUCUCCACCAGGAUCUCCUUCUUCAGUAUCCGAUACGACAGGCGCUACUGAUGAAAGCACUGGUGAGCACUUGGAAAGUCUGAUGGACGGCAGAGGACAUUUACUGCUCAAUCAAAAGUCCGCAACUUAUUAUGGGGGCGGCUCCUCCUUUGCAUUCCUGCAGAAAACUCAGCAACUCUUUUCUCCAGAUGUUCCACCUAUCGGAAACAUCUGCCUGGAAUCUCCGCAGUCUGCAAUAUCAGAGUUGUUUGACUCGCCUUUGUGGGAAAAGCAGGCCAUCCAAGAUCAUUUAUCGCCUCCAGAAAUAUUGCCAGCACGGCGAACAGCUUUGGAGCUUCUGGAGGCUUAUUUCAAAAACGCUUUACCUCUGUUCCAGUUCUUGCACGAGCCGACUUUCCGAUUACAGGUAGACCGAAUCUAUGGCCUUGAUCCGUUGGCCUUUGGAGAAUUGGAUCGCGACUUCCUGCCCUUGUUCCAUUCGGUCAUAGCAAUUGGAUACCUCUACAAACACGACAUGCAUCAAAGGUAUGGUUGCAAAGCAUCACUAGAUCAAGCCCACAAUCACUUUUCCAAAGCGCACCGGAUGACAGAACUCAACCGAUGUCGAGACAUUUUAGGUUUGCAGACCAUAAUAAAUCUCGCUCUAUUCCUGAUAUCCACGUGUAGAGUCGCCACGGCUCACACCUUGAUCGGACUCGCAGUGUCUGCCUCUUUGCGGAUGGGUUUGCACUCGCAAUCGUCUUGCAGCGGCUUAACAUCUCUCUCUAGAGAAAUAAAGAUACGGGUAUUCUGGAUCGUGGUCAAACUCGACAUUUAUAGCAGUAUCCUUCUCGGACUACCUAUGAUGCUUGAUCUUACGUACGUCGAUCAGUUCAAGCCCAGUACUUCCUGCCAAGACUAUACAGAUGAGGAGACUGGUGGUUUCACUUCGAUAUUCAGUCGGCGAUCGGCUGCUGCUUCCGCUCAUUUUCUCGAACUCCUGAUGACCAUGCGGAAAAUGCUUAAACAUUUCUAUCCAAAGACCGAUGAGGAGGUGGAUGAAAUUGAUUUCGCCAAAAAAUUCGCUAUCAAUGAUAACUUCAUCGACGGGAUGAAAGAGGAGUUCAGGAGUUGGCGAGAAGGGCUUGUUGAUGUCUUUGGGUCAUCCGAGGGACAAGAAAACAUGAGCAGCAUUCUCUAUGAAAUGGAGAUGGUUCAUAAUGUUGGACACAUAAUCCUCUACCGACCAUACUUACACUAUUUGACGAAGACAAAAGACGAAAACCCACCGGAUCCUCGACUCCUAAAAUGUGCAACAUCGUGCGUCAAGAUCUCACGCUUCACGAUUAUUCGAUCCGAGGAAAUGUUUUCCCAAGGAUUUCUAGAGCCAGCUGCAUGGCACUCCACAUACAUAUUAUUUCUCUCCAUCGUUGCCUUGAUCUAUUUUCUUGCAACCCAACAUGGGAAUCGGGAGUAUAUGGCUAUACAGAAAGAAGCGGAACGAGGCAUUCGACUAUUACAUGGCACCUGUUGCCAACACACUGGGUCUCGAAAGUUCCUGGUAGCCCUGAAGGCGCUGAUUGCAAAGCAAUCAAACUUUGUCGAUCUUGAUAUCGACAAGCUGUCCCACGGAGUGAAACCUCUCUGUCAAACCAAAACACCUGCCAGUGAUGAGCACCAGAAAUUACAGCAAACCCCAGAACAAUAUGGAAACAUUACAGACUCACAGUGGGUUGAUGGCAGAGCAGUCCACAUGGCACAAAGACUACCGAUGCAGACAAGCAACAGUCGACAGUUUGUCUAUCGGUCCCAGUCAUACGACAACCCAGCUGGAGCAGCAAGCAUCAACCCUCCCACGUCUCCGUUCUACCAGUCACAAUACGGAGCGUACGGCGAACAGAACCCGGCAUGGAGCCGGUCAACAGCCACCUUGAAUACAACAGCGGAUCUACACCUGAGCACGGUUACAUUCCCAUAUCAAACUGGCCCAGCACAAUCUAUCAGGAUAAACUAUGGAGAAAGCGAAACGGAUCACUCUCAUGCUAACCUACACCCGUGGUCCUUUCCGGCGGACAUGAGAUUUGAUCAAGCAGGGUCCAGGCAAGAGCCUACGGUGCAACCUCCAACACCCUAUGGGCUUUCACCAGAAGAGGCAAGAGCGUUCUUUGGCAAUAAUCACGGUCAAUAG